CGGGAAAAAAAAACACAACAAAAUUUGCAGUAACAAGCAUCCGGCAGAAGCUACGUUUUCGUCCCACGGAUGACAAAAAAAUAAACUCUACUUCCUCCUGCACUAUUAAUUUAAUCAAGACAUCUCAUUGUAAGUUUUAUAUUGUCCAGAACUAUUCCUCGUGUUGGAUCAUCGGAACCGUAACCAAUAUCGAUCGGAGGGUCGCAUUUGUUUGCCCCGGGGUUUCGUGUGCAUCUAAAGCGAUGUCUGAAGAAAACACAUGAUUUUGGGAAAUUUUGUUUUCACCGUAGUAGAUUCUGGAUGUAGAUUCUACGUAUUUUUUCUACGUUCGGCAAGCCGGGGAGGGUUUGUCUCGUUGUCAAAAAAAUUACAAGAAUGAUAAUUGGAAUCUCUCACACCAACAAACAAAUCACUAAUCAUCACAACCAUCAUACUGCUUUGUCCUACACUCAUUUAAUCAGACAAUCAAAUCUUUAGGGUGCUCGAAGCACAUUCAAGACAAUGUCCUUUCCGGGUGGUAAAAUCCCCGAUCACCUGACCGACAACGACGUCGAGCGUCGGAUUCAAGAAGAACUUCGCCUCCGACAGCAAGAAAAAAGCAUGGCCGAGUACAUGCGACUCAUGACCGGAGACGGAGCCGGCGCGAAUGCUUACUAUGGCGCAGCGGCUGCUGCCGCUCACCAGAGAGCCGCCUAUGGACAGCAGCAAGCAGCGGCCUUUGGAAUUGACUCGGCGGGCAUGUACGCUCGGCAGCAUCAGCAGCACGCCCAUGCUGCAGCGGCUGCAGCGUAUGGAUAUGCUCCCCGGGGAGGAGCUGGUCAUUACGGUUAUGGUCACCAUGCACCAACAGCAUCGGAUAUCUAUUCGCAACAGAUGGCCAUGAGCAACAUUGAGCAACACCAACAACGUGCUGCCGCUGCGUACGGGCAGCACCAGGCUGCUGCGGCACACCAGCACCUUCUUGCAGCAGCAUCUCCUCAGGGGAAGCCUCCAACAUCGGCCACUUCCUCGGUGACAUCCCCCGCAGGCACCGCCGUGCCCUCAAUGGAAAGCACCCCGUUGCAGGCGCAUCUGCAAGGAUCACCAAGCUUAUCGGAAAUUGGAUCGGCCCCAAAAUCUUCCCCAGCCUCCCUUUCCGGAAUUGGAUCCAUGGGCAUACCCAGCACUCCCAUGACGACUUCAUCGAGUUUGACGCCCCCCCGCACGACAUCCACAAAAAAGAAAAAGAAAAUAGAACCCCACGAAACGGUAGAGCUCGACGACCUCAAAAUCGAAAAGUGGUAUUCGGGAUGCGUUCCCUUGGGAUUGGAGGACGACAAAUAUUGGUUGUCGGAACUGCAGGUCUACCUCAGAGCAAAUUUUGGUAAGUGUCAAAAAAAUUCAACGACGAAAAGAGUAUUCAUUCAACUACUUGGAUGAACAUGAACCAUUUUUGUUCACAAUCUGUUUGUUCACCCUCGUUUUGUAAUUAUCGUCAUUAUUUACUGUGAAUUUCUUUCUUUCAUUUCAAUGAAAUUAACAAUAACAACGACAGCCGAAGCAUUUGGUGCCACAGAAGAGGAUAUUGCCGCUCCUAUGCACGGGCGAAACAAACCCAUUGCUCUUGGACAGGUUGGAAUACGUUGCAUGCAUUGUAAACGUAAGUACACCACUCGUCAUCGUUUUCUUCUUAAUUGCGCUGCUAGGUGCUCCCUUUCCAGUUUCUGUUUGCAGAAUUGCAGUCUCAUCUAAUAAAAAAUUCUUGUGUGUUUUGUGAAAUUUUAGAUGAAAAUCCUGCGGAACGAGGGCAGCAGGCCACAAGUUAUCCGUCUCUCAUCAGCGGCAUUUAUAACAGCGUCCAACAAAUGCUUCGUUUGCAUCUCGAUUGCUGCCAGGCCAUGCCGCCAGAAAUUCGUGCAAAAAUUGAAUCACUAAAGGUAUCUAGCUCUAGUCGUGGUGGCCGCAAACAAUAUUGGAUCGACUCCGCCAAGCGAUUGGGUUUGGUCGAUACCCGUCAUGGGAUCCAUUUUGGACGGGAUCCGCUCGGUCCUCUUCCUCCCUUGACGGGACCUUCCGUCAAUUCCAAGGAGGGGCGAAAGAAAAAAGAGGCCCAGAAAAAGGCGGAACCUACUCCACCUCCUCAGGAAGAAGAAGAGCAGGAUCCUCCUCCUCCUGUGGACGAUAGACCACUUGUCUUCCCGGAGGAUCAAGAUCUGAUAUCUGACUAUCUGUAUCUAACUUUGGAACAAAUGAGUCCUUGUGUUUUGAUGGAAGCCGAUCGUGUGGGUUGUUACAAGGGACGAAAGGUUGGUUUUCCCGGUUUGGCCUGCAAACACUGUGUUGGUCAAGCCGGAUGUGGAAGGUACUUUCCGGCCUCCGAGGCCUCGCUUUCGCAAACUACCACGUCGCAAACGAUUAUGAAUCAUGUGCGUAACUGCCGUCGGUGUCCGAUGGAAAUCCGAGAAAAUUUGGAGCUCAUGAAGCGAGCCAGAAUGGGUCCCGAUGGAAAGCGUCUGGAUAAACCCAAACACGGAGGACGCAAGGUAUUUUUCCGCCGGCUCUGGUGCCGAAUUCAAGGUCUUCCUCUCGACGAGCCCAGCGAGGGAAAGGGGAAAAAGAAGCGCUACAAAAAACCUGGAGUAAAGGCCAAGAAGAAGAAUAAGAAGUCGGCCGACGACGACAACGGCGUUUAUUCUGAAAGCGAGGAUAACGAAGCGAAGGAAAGCGUGAAACCAGCACCAAAAAAAUCAUCUACUUCCUCCGGAGAGGAGACAGAGACCGAAUCGUCGGAGGCUGAAAGCGACGAUGAAGGCGGAAAGAGCUCGGCUCGAAGUAAAUCCACGAGUAAGAGCAAGAAAAAGCAGAGCCCUUGGUUUGAUGGAUGCGUUCGGCUCACAAAGCACGAUGACUCAAAUUGGCUCUCCGAGUUGCAAUGUUUUGCAAGAAGUGAUCUAGUAGAAGUAUUCUGCUGGCACAAGAAAGAUGGCCUCGCUGGAUAUUCUGGGAGAAAGGAGCCUUCCGAUGGCCAAGUUGGUAUUCGCUGUGUCUUUUGCAAGACCUUGCCGGAUUCUGAGAAGCCCUCCAGCUGUGUUGUUUUCCCAGAAAGCCUUGAAGCGAUACAAACAAAAGUGGGAGAAAUGCUUCGGUUGCAUUUCAAAUCAUGUCCUGCGAUUCCAGACGACAAAAAGGAGGCCAUCAAAAGUCUCAAAAACUUUGGGCCAAAGGUCGAUGAAUCUGGUCAAUAUUGGAUUGACUCUGCAAGGGAUAUUGGGCUUUCAGACAUUCCUCCCAGCUCAGGUGGAUGGGGCAUCACUUUCCGUCGUGAUCCCUUGCAACCAAGUCCUUGUGACGAGCUCGAUCAGGAGGCUGAAACAGGUGACGCACCAAAUCUUAGCAAAUUAUACCUCAUCAGACCUGAGGAUCGUGGGUCGUGCACAGAUCAGGUGUUGCUUAUGAUGCGUCAAGUCAAAGUGUGCCAAUUUCAACAAAGUGAUCGUCGUGGAGGGCCCGGUAGCCGCGGACGAGAUCGAGUGACUGACUAUCCCGGACUUGCCUGCAAGCAUUGCGCCAACAAGAAUAACAUUGGACGAUAUUUCCCUGUUUCGGCGAAGAAUCUGACGGACAAUACCGUGAACUCCAUGCUAUCUCAUAUUGCAACCUGCAAGCGUUGUCCAAUACCUAUCCGAGCCUCUAUUGCGUAUUUGAGUCACAGAGCUAUUUAUCAAAAGACCGAACUGAGUGGAUCAUGGAAAAAGGCAUUCUUCAAAAAAAUCUGGGAUCGAUUGCACGUCGAGCGUGCUUGGGUCAACGUGAUCAAAGAUGACCCCGAAGAUGCAGCAUCAGGUACUGGUGACGACAGUGAAGAUCCAGAGGAUGAUGGGGAUGAAUCCGACGGUGAAGAUAGCGGGGACAGCGAUCGAAGGAGCGAUAACGAUGAAGAGGUUGGCGACAACAUGAAUGCUCUUAUCAAGGCUGCAGCCAUCUGGUUGACGGAGCAGGAUCAAAGCAAAGAAGCCAGCGGUUCUGGGGGCAAAAGUGGUCGAGGACGUAGUCUUCCGAGUAAGCGUUCUACGAACACGGGUUCGCCUCAGGGUCGUGGAAAAUCAUCUGGUGGCGAUGAUGGCAGCUCAAGGGGAGGCAGCCUCACCUCUGGAAAGCGUCGAAGAGUUCACUUCUAAACGGGAAUAGGAAUAUCAAGCCAAGGGAUUUGAGUUUGUGUUCCGCUUGUGACAAACCAAAAUCAAUGCUAGGAUGAUUCACAUCGGUGAAUUUUUGGUACGUCCUUCCCGUCGCGGAAAUAGAUGGCAUGCAUCCCUACUAUCACUACAGGUAUUAGCACACGGAAAAGAAUAAAACCACCUAAAAAUG